CCCCCCCCCCCACCCCCCCCCCCCCCCACCCCCCCCCCCCCCCACCCCCCCCCCCCCCCACCCCCCCCCCCCCCCACCCCCCCCCCCCCCCACCCCCCCCCCCCCCCACCCCCCCCCCCCCCCACCCCCCCCCCCCCCCACCCCCCCCCCCCCCCACCCCCCCCCCCCCCCACCCCCCCCCCCCCCCACCCCCCCCCCCCCCCACCCCCCCCCCCCCCCACCCCCCCCCCCCCCCACCCCCCCCCCCCCCCACCCCCCCCCCCCCCCACCCCCCCCCCCCCCCACCCCCCCCCCCCCCCACCCCCCCCCCCCCCCACCCCCCCCCCCCCCCACCCCCCCCCCCCCCCACCCCCCCCCCCCCCCACCCCCCCCCCCCCCCACCCCCCCCCCCCCCCACCCCCCCCCCCCCCCACCCCCCCCCCCCCCCACCCCCCCCCCCCCCCACCCCCCCCCCCCCCCACCCCCCCCCCCCCCCACCCCCCCCCCCCCCCACCCCCCCCCCCCCCCACCCCCCCCCCCCCCCACCCCCCCCCCCCCCCACCCCCCCCCCCCCCCACCCCCCCCCCCCCCCACCCCCCCCCCCCCCCACCCCCCCCCCCCCCCACCCCCCCCCCCCCCCACCCCCCCCCCCCCCCACCCCCCCCCCCCCCCACCCCCCCCCCCCCCCACCCCCCCCCCCCCCCACCCCCCCCCCCCCCCACCCCCCCCCCCCCCCACCCCCCCCCCCCCCCACCCCCCCCCCCCCCCACCCCCCCCCCCCCCCACCCCCCCCCCCCCCCACCCCCCCCCCCCCCCACCCCCCCCCCCCCCCACCCCCCCCCCCCCCCACCCCCCCCCCCCCCCACCCCCCCCCCCCCCCACCCCCCCCCCCCCCCACCCCCCCCCCCCCCCACCCCCCCCCCCCCCCACCCCCCCCCCCCCCCACCCCCCCCCCCCCCCACCCCCCCCCCCCCCCACCCCCCCCCCCCCCCACCCCCCCCCCCCCCCACCCCCCCCCCCCCCCACCCCCCCCCCCCCCCACCCCCCCCCCCCCCCACCCCCCCCCCCCCCCACCCCCCCCCCCCCCCACCCCCCCCCCCCCCCACCCCCCCCCCCCCCCACCCCCCCCCCCCCCCACCCCCCCCCCCCCCCACCCCCCCCCCCCCCCACCCCCCCCCCCCCCCACCCCCCCCCCCCCCCACCCCCCCCCCCCCCCACCCCCCCCCCCCCCCACCCCCCCCCCCCCCCACCCCCCCCCCCCCCCACCCCCCCCCCCCCCCACCCCCCCCCCCCCCCACCCCCCCCCCCCCCCACCCCCCCCCCCCCCCACCCCCCCCCCCCCCCACCCCCCCCCCCCCCCACCCCCCCCCCCCCCCACCCCCCCCCCCCCCCACCCCCCCCCCCCCCCACCCCCCCCCCCCCCCACCCCCCCCCCCCCCCACCCCCCCCCCCCCCCACCCCCCCCCCCCCCCACCCCCCCCCCCCCCCACCCCCCCCCCCCCCCACCCCCCCCCCCCCCCACCCAUGCCCCCCUGCAUGACCGGACGGCCCCUGCAUGUCCGAACCCCCCCUUCAUCACCGGACGGCCCCCUGCGUAUCCACACGCUACCCUGUGUUUGCAGACCCUGCGUGUCCGGAAACCCACCAGCAGGUCCGGACACUCCCCUCCGUGUCCGGACGACCCCCGCAAGUUCAGACGGCCCCAUGCGUGUCCGGAUGCCCCCCUCAGUGUCCGGACUCCAUCUUGAGUGUGCGAAUGCCCCCUGCAUGUCCAGAAGUCUCAACUGUGUGUCCAGACACCCCUCUGCCUGUCCAGAUGCUCCCUGCGUGUCUGGAGGCCCCGUGCAAUUCCAGAUUCCCCCCUGCCUGACCGGAUGCCCGCUGCGUGUCCGGACGCACUCCUGCAUGUCCAGACGCCCCCUUCUUGUCCGGAUGCCCCCUGCAUAUCUGGACACCUCCUGA